CAAUGUAUCUUAUUAAAAUCAGAUUUUAAACCUAACCCUAACCACACUGCUAACUGUAUGCCUAACCCUAACUUUAAAUUAAGACCAAAAAGCUCAUUUUUAUUUUCAUACGUUUUUACAAUUUAGCCACUCUGUGGCUGUGGUAACUAGUGACAACCGUUUUCUACAGAGAGCAUCAGCUGUUGAAUAGCAGUAGCACAAAACAAAAGGCACGGUAGUGAAUGAAGAGCCAUGUCUUCUGAGGAUCCCUUCCAGGACUCUCUAGAUGAUGAUCUAGACGGCUUCUCAGAGCCUGGGAGAGGGAGCAGGAUACGCAGCAGUGUCUACACCAAAACCCCAGAGAUGGAGAGUAACUGUUAUGGAGACUAUGGCGCCACCGGGGGCAAAAGUCCCCUGAUGAAAACAUUGAUGGAUGCAGAAGCAGCGGCCAACUCUGCAGCCGUACAGCUCAUGUCGUUCAAGGAGACUCUGGAGGAUGAUUUUGCCGACUCGAGACACUCUGCCUCUGAUAACCGGCGGAUGUCAAGGCAGAGAGGCCUUCUGCUGGAGAAGUUGGAGGUUUUUAAAGGGAUUAACAAGUCUGUUCGACAGCAACUCAAAGACCUGCAGGAUGCAGAGGCAUCUCGAAUGGAGACAGACAAACACAUUGAUCUCUUACUAAAGAAGCUUACGCAGGCUGAGUGUGAUAAUCUGCAUUUGAAAAGAAAUUUGAAUGAUAAAGAAAAAAUGGUGGAUGAACUGAUGGGUUUGCGGAAGAAAGAAAUGGAGAACACAGAGAAUGCGGUCCAUGCCACCAAGUCUGUGGAGACCACACGUGCUCACCUGCAGGGCCAGCUACACAGCAAAGAGGCCGACAACAACCGUCUCACCGUGCAGCUCCGGGGUUUGGAGAGGAAGCUGACUGAGCAGAAGCUGGAGAUAGAUGGUCUGAGGGGGGAGAUCUCCAGUGUGUCUGAGAAGGCAGAACAGGAGAAAGAGGGCCUGAAGAAGGCCACCCGUGCCCAAAAACAGAGGGCCGAGAGGUUCGAAGCUGCUGUGGAUAAAUGUUACACUCAGCUGAGGGAGAAGGAUGUUCAGCUGGCGGAGGCUUGUUCAGAGAGGGACACAUGGAGGAGACAACAGGAGCAGAAGACAAAUGCGAGAAUUCUGCUUGAUGCACAGAUAGGACUACUGAAAGGCCAAAUAGCAGACAUUACUGCAAAGCUACAGAAGAAGAGGGAGGAAUUCACUGCUGCAAACGAGGUCUUACUGCUAAAAGUGGAAAAACUCAGCGCUGAAAACGGAGACAUUGGCCUUGAGAACGCAACCCUCAAGGCGUCCAUCGUUGAGUUGGAGCUGCAGCUGGUCCAUUCUAAAGCAGCGCUGAAAGAGGAGAGCACCGUCUCACAGGAGAGGAAAGACCAAGCAGAACAGUAUCAGAGUCAGGUGGCAGAGCUUCAAGUGGAGGUAGAGGAUCUGAAAAUAAAGUUGGAGAGUUUUCUGAGGGAAGCAGAGAACAUCAGAGAAGGAAGAGAUGCGGAAGUGAAGAAGGUGAGGCUGGAGCUGGAGGGGCGCGUGAGGGAGCUGGAAGAGUACCCCGAGUUACUGAGCACCGCGGAGCAGAGUCUGGCGGAGUGCCAGGACAACCUGAGGCGCUCAGAGAAGAGAUGUGCAGACAAGGCAGAGGCCAUUAGACAACUGCAGGUUAAGGUGGGGAGACAAGGGGAGAAGAUGAGGUCGUCGAUGGACAUGAAGGAGUCUAUCCACGAGGCCAACUCACAGCUACGGCAAAAAUUGGAUGCUCUUCAAAAGCAGAUGGAGGAGCUUCAUGGGGAGAACCAGGAGCUGGUCCGUAGGCUGGCAGGACAGGAGGAGGCGCUACACUACAGCAGCAGGCAGCUAGAACAGCGCUCAGCAGACUGCCAGGCUCUCAACAGACAACUGGAGGCAGCAGUGGCCGAUGUCAGGCAACAGGUUUCCAAAGUAAAAGACAAAGCAGUCUCCAGAGAAAGUUCCCUUCAGACCAGAAUCCUGGAGCUGGAGGCUGAGAAGAGCAGAAAAGAGAAUGAGCUGAAACAUAUGAAACAAAGCAAGCAGUCAGCUGAGAAGCAGUUUGAGGUGCGUCUAAAGGACCUGCAGCUCAGCCUGGACCAGUCAAAAAGCCACAAACAGAGCAUUCAGAACUACGUAGACUUCCUCAAAAACUCUUACGCCACCAUGUUUGACGAGGGACUACCACAGGCACCGUCUAGUUUUGGAUCGUCCUACUUUUUAAAAUGAUGAUUACUCCGGUAUGUGUGUUUUGCGGUAUGUUAGUGUUGUUGGUUCAAUCAUGUACAAUAUAUGAGCAUUAUUUAAGAAUGUAUUUUUGGAGAAGCAAUGAAUCUGUACAUAUACAUUUUAUGUUCGAUAAAGAAGUCCAUGUAAAUGUUUAUAUAGAUAAUCUAAUACUUUUUUGGUCCAUUUAUGAAUCAAAUUUCAAUAAAGUUUAUAAUGGCC